UUCUAGAAGCAGCAGUGUAUCUCUCUAGACACCUCUGGCUACGCACUGAACCCCCUCACCUCUUGGACCUCAGAACAACUCCAAAGUAUAAAAUCCCCCAAAUUACCUUCCCCCUUCUCUCUCCUCGGUACAGAAUUCUCUACACCGUUCCACAGUCAGAGAGAGAAAGCGGGCUUUGUUUCCACAAGCCGGAUCCACCGAAAGGUACAGCGAUCUCACGAACCCUAGCACUUUCUCUAUCUCACUCCUAGAUCCGCCGCCGAUAUCUUCCAAGGAGAAGAUAGUGUGUGUGUGGCCAAGGAAAACUUUUUGUACCAAAAUGAGUGUGGUUGGUUUUGACCUUGGGAAUGAGAGCUGCGUUGUCGCCGUCGCAAGGCAAAGAGGAAUUGAUGUUGUACUCAAUGAUGAAUCAAAACGGGAGACUCCUGCCAUCGUAUGCUUCGGUGAGAAACAGCGCUUCCUUGGGACUGCUGGGGCUGCAUCCAGCAUGAUGAAUCCAAAGAACACGAUUUCUCAAAUAAAGCGUCUGAUUGGCCGCCAGUUCUCAGAUCACGAGCUGCAACAAGAUCUCAAAGCACUGCCUUUUACUGUUACCGAAGGCCCUGAUGGAUUCCCGUUAAUUCAUGCGUGGUAUUUGGGGGAGUCAAGGACAUUUACACCAACCCAAUUAUUGGCAAUGGUGCUCUCUGAUAUGAAGAGCAUAGCGGAGAAAAAUUUAAAUGCCGCAGUUGUUGAUUGUUGUAUUGGGAUUCCUGUUUAUUUCACUGACCUUCAAAGAAGAGCUGUCUUGGAUGCAGCUACUAUCGCUGGUUUGCACCCUCUCCGGUUACUUCAUGAAACCACUGCUACUGCAUUGGCAUAUGGGAUUUACAAGACAGAUUUGCCAGAGAAUGACCAAAUAAAUGUCGCGUUUGUUGACAUUGGCCAUGCGAGUAUGCAAGUUUGCAUUGCUGGCUUCAAGAAAGGCCAGUUGAAGAUAUUGGCCCAUUCGUUUGACCGGUCUUUGGGUGGCAGAGAUUUUGAUGAAGCUUUAUUCCUAUAUUUUGCCGCAAAGUUCAAGGAAGAGUAUAAGAUUGACGUUUACCAGAACGCUAAGGCCUGUCUCCGGCUUCGCGCUGCUUGUGAAAAGCUUAAGAAAGUUCUUAGUGCAAACCCAGAGGCACCUUUGAAUAUAGAGUGCUUAAUGGAAGAGAAGGAUGUCAGGGGUUUCAUCAAGAGGGAAGAUUUUGAAAAAAUAAGCAUUCCCAUUUUGGAACGGGUGGGGAAGCCACUGGAGAAGGCUCUCUCUGAAGCUGGCCUGACAGUUGAGAAUAUCCACUCCGUUGAGGUUGUUGGUUCAGGCUCUCGUGUUCCAGCCAUUAUCAGGAUAUUGACAGAGUUCUUUGGGAAGGAGCCUAGGCGUACAAUGAAUGCGAGUGAGUGUGUUGCCAAAGGCUGUGCUUUAGAGUGUGCAAUCCUCAGUCCCACAUUUAAAGUGCGGGAAUUCCAGGUCAAUGAGAGUUUCCCAUUUCCCAUUGUGUUGUCAUGGAAAGGCGCUGCUCCAGAUGCUCAGAAUGGAGUUGCAGAUAAUCAACAAAGCACUAUUGUUUUCCCCAAGGGGAAUCCAAUACCUAGCAUAAAGGCUUUGACAUUUUACAGAUCAGGAACCUUUAGUGUUGAUGUUCAAUAUGCUGAUGUCAGUGAAUUUCAGGCACCAGCAAAAAUUAGCUCAUAUACGAUUGGUCCUUUUCAAUCCACGAAGAGUGAACGGGCAAAAGUGAAGGUGAAAGUUCGCCUAAAUCUUCAUGGAAUUGUGUCCAUUGACGCAGCAACACUUUUGGAAGAGGAGGAAGUUGAAGUUCCGGUUGUUAAAGAGCCAGCUAAAGAGGGUAAUAAGAUGGAUACUGAUGAAGCUUCAAGUGAUGCUGUUCCAACGACUGAAAGUGAUGUGAACAUGCAAGAUGCUAAAGGUGGUACUGAUGUUCCUGGGGCUGAGAACGGUGCCCCAGAUUCAGGGGACAAUCCUGUCCAAAUGGAAACAGAUGCCAAGGCUGAGGCUCCAAAGAAAAAGGUAAAGAAGACGAUUAUUCCUGUGGUCGAACAUAUUCAUGGAGGAAUGUGCCCCACAGAUGUGCAAAAAGCAACAGAGAAGGAAUUUGAAAUGGCUUUGCAAGAUCGAGUUAUGGAAGAAACCAAAGAUAAGAAGAAUGCAGUGGAAGCCUAUGUCUAUGAUAUGAGAAACAAGCUUCACGGCAAAUAUCAAGAGUUUGUUACAGAUCCAGAGAGGGAAGGGCUUACUGCUAAACUCCAGGAGGUGGAAGAUUGGUUGUACGAGGAUGGUGAGGAUGAGACUAAAGGCGUCUAUAUUGCCAAACUUGAGGAGCUGAAGAAGCAAGGUGAUCCCAUCGAGGAGCGUUACAAGGAGUACACGGAGAGGGGACCGGUGAUUGAUCAACUUGUUUAUUGCAUCAAUAGUUACAGGGAUGCGGUAGUGUCAAACGAUCCUAAGUUCAAUCACAUUGACUUGGCAGAAAAGCAGAAGGUUUUGAAUGAAUGUGUUGAAGCUGAGGCUUGGUUGAGGGAGAAAAAGCAACAUCAGGACUCACUGCCCAAGUAUGCUACUCCAGCUCUCUUGUCUGCUGACUUGAGAAGGAAGGCUGAAGCACUCGAUAGGUUUGCAAGGCCAAUAAUGACGAAACCUAAGCCAGCCAAACCAGCUACUCCGGAAACUCCCACGCCAGCGCCACCUCAGGGUGGUGGCAAUGGCACCACAAACACCGACCCUAAUGAGAAUGCUGGAGCUGCUAGUAGUGAGGCACCAGCAGCUGACGAAGAGCCAAUGGAUACCGAAAAGCCUGAGAUUGCAUAAAUUAGUGACCUGUUUGUUAAAGUUUUGAAUGCAGGCCGAAAGUUGGACGAUGUGUUUUAAGUCGUCAGCCUAAGACUCUUUGAUGGACCUGUACUUAAAAGGCUGUGGGGUAUUUACUGGUGAGAUUGUUUAUUUCCUGUAAAGCCGUCCUACUGGUUCGAUGGUUUGCAAAUUUCCAACAUUAUAUAGGAUAGUUCUUUUAGAAUCCAGUUUUCAAAUGGAUUUGUAAGAGAAACGUUAAAAUUUCUGUUGUCCUUUUUGGUAGACCGGUUUCCUUUUAAGUGUCAUUUGUCUCCCUUCCCUCCCUUUGUAUCGAGGAUCUAUUAUGGGAUUCAUCCUGUGUCUUUGUUUGAUUUUCUCAAGUAUACAACAAUGAUUAUUAUGGUUCUACCAGUAUAUUGAGCCUGGAAUUUGAUCCAUUCCUGUUAAA